UAGUUACACCAUCCGGGAGCGUUUGCGUCCAUAGUAACCGAAAAAAACCACGGGACACAUUCUGGAAGGUUUCUGUUGUGGUUGAGUGAAAGUGGUUUUACUUAGCAUCAUCAGUUUAAUACUAUCAAAAUAUUUGUAUGUCGUUUUUAAUUCUUGAAAUACAGCUUAAGAAAAUCACACUAUGGAAAUUAUCAGAGGAAGUUUAGAUGACAUUUCUAGACCUGCAUCGAGUGAGCAAACAGGUAGCCGUGUGUCGAGCGUGUCUUUGCCUCAUAGUGACAGAAUUGGUUCUACAACUCCAUUUGCCCUAGUUGUUUUGACCAACGAAGCUGCUGAUAUUCAGACCCAGAGCAGCUCUGAAGAAACUAUAAUCAACUCAUCAGCCAGUGGUCCUGACAAAGGUCAGUGUCACAUUGAAGUUACUGAUGACGAGAAGGAAGAUUCAAAACUACAGAGAGCCAUUGAGGAAAUGAGAAGACUUGAUGAAAUACUGUCUGCAAAGAUCUGCAUAGAAAAAGAAGUCAAGCGUCAAAGGAAAGAACUUAAAGCAAAACUCUGGCAAGAACUCCAGCAGAAUAAGCCUGAAGGUCACUCUGAAUGUGCCCAAGAAGCCAUGAACACAAGGUUGUUUUUGGCUCUGGAAGCACCCACUGGGACAGAAGAGGAGGACGACGAUUUUGUGCCUGUGUUUGAAACUCAGGUUCCUGACUGUGAGCACAUCAGAGACAGCCAAUACUUGGAGCAAAGUGAAAAGAGGCCAGACAGCUCGACAGAAUCAUUUGAACUAGGCCAUGAGGAGAAGAGGGAAGAACAAUUUGAAGGCAGCCAUUGUGGAGCUUCCAAAGGCAAGAAAAAACAGAAGGACUUUGUCAAGAGAAACAUUGAGCUAGUAAGUGGUGAGGAGGACAAAGUGUUUAUGACUCAGGCAGAGAAAGAGCGUCUGGCCGAUCUCCUCCGAGAAGUAGACGAAGAGGACGGUGCCAGAGGCGCAGACAGCGAGGAGGACAUGUGGGCUGUGUCAGUCCUGACAGGCCAGGGUUACUCCCCAGAGCCCUCUGACCUGGAGCAGCUGAUUGACAUUGACUCCAAAAUUUGCCUUCUCCUUCCUGCCGAAGAACUUCUCUCAGUGCAAAGCUCAUUCACAAACCUUAGCAUGUCCCAGGGCCGUGGCUCAGAGGUUGGCUGGAAGUGCGAUGGGGACCCUCAGCCAGGAGAGCAGGUCCUGCUGGAUAUAAAGGAGAGGAGAGGGCAGGAGAGGCGGCUCAGAGAGAUCCAACAGCAGCUGGAAAUCCUGGGCCAGGGCCAAGAGAUGACUAAUGAGUCACCAGACUUCACUGAAGAGCAGUUACUUAGUCUGCUGGAUGGAUGUGAGCUGACAGAGAGCCGGACCCUGGAUCUUGAGACGAAUGACACCAUGAGACCCUAAGAAAGGCUUAAUCCAUGUGAAGCCCUGCUAUCAAGAUGCAUCAUUGCUGGGAUGUCACUAGGCUACUAGGGGGGUUGAGAAAAAAAUGACUGGAUUUAAACAUAUUUAAUUACCAAUUUUUCAAUGUC